AUGUGUGUAGCAAGGAAAAGAGACGAGCGGGCGUCAAUUAAUUUCAAUAAUAACUCUCUUGUUUUAAUCGUCGUCCCCGACGUUUUGUCGUUCACAGAUUCCGCGGGCAUCUUGCAGAAGUGGAGCAAGCUACGACGCCGCUGUGCAUCGUUCAAAUCAGUCUCCGGUCCGGCAUCGCUCGAUUCGGACACCAACUUCAUCUUGGCCGAGCAUCCAGGUCACUAUCAGAUCAUCAGUACGGCGACUGGCUCACCGGUUCCGCCCCGUGCCGCCCUCGUACCGGGCCAUAACCUAGCCAGUCAGUCGAAGCUUCAGCCAGCGUCCCAGCCGCAUCAUCACCAUCAUCCGCUGUACCACGGGCACCAUCAUCACCACGGGCAUCAUCCGCACCAUCUGUCACACCGGGCCCAUCCUCACCAGCAGCAUCAUCAUCACCACCAUCAUCACCAUCGUCAGCAUCAUCAGAACCAUCUGCAUCAGCAGCAGCACCAGCUCCAUCAUCAUCCGCUCGUCGACUACCCACUACCCGGCAGCCACCUACUGGACGCGCCACCGCUCGCGUCCGGAUACGAUCCAAAAAACUGGGAGCUGCGCCACUCGAGCUCUUCCUCCGCGUCCGCAUCGUCCUCCUCUACCAUCGGUGCACCGCCAGCCAUACCGGCGACGGCAGCGGGCCUUGGUCCCUUUCCCGGUGACGAGUACUGGCAGCACUUUUCUCACGAACCGAGCGAUGUCAAGCUGUGGCGUCUAGGUGCGCAUCAGACGUACGCCCAUCGAAUACACGUGAAUCCGCCCCAGCGGCGUAGCGCACACAGCAUCGACUGGGAGUACAACGUGCAGCGUUACGAGAACAUGUGCGACAAUAUGGCACCACCGCAGCGGAUCUUCCGCACCGAGAAGUUGCAGUACUACGACGAGCUGUCGGAUAUGAAACGGGCAUCCGCACCAGAGUCCGGCCUCGGCGCAGGUGUUGAGAGCAACGGUGGCAUCAAAGUAGCCAAGGAGAUCAAGCUUCCUAGUCUGAAGACGUUCAAGUCGGCGUCGAUGCGUCUGCCUGGUCAGAAAUCAUCGAUACACGAGGUGCAGCAACUGCUGCGCAGUAAGUUUAACCGGAUACACGCAGGGCUACGCAAACGAAGAGCAUUGUCCGUGCAGGAGGUGUUUCAAAUUCCAGGCUCCACGCCUGGUGCCGGGGUUCAAGCAACACCAACGAAACCCACGUUCUAUGUGCCUUCGCCGCUGGUUAGUGAAAGAACUCCACAUCGCGGUGUGACUCCGCGCUACAAUGAAGAGGAUGAGGGUGAGGGCACUAGAACUCCAUUCCUAGACGAGGAAGACGGUGCUGAGCGUCAAGAUAACGAUCCCUCUGGACAGCAGGAUGAAGAUGAAGGGCCCGUAAGUUUGCCGUACAUCAGCGAAACGAUGCUGGCCGAUACGGUUGCAGUGAAAAAGGUAACCCUGAGAACGACGGAUCACAGUCCCAGCCCGCGCAAGGAACGCACCAAGACCUGGUACCGGAGUAUAGACUUCAAUGCGGCGCUACAGAAACUCGACGCUCAGCGCCACUCACUCGACACCUCCACCAAAUCUACACCAAAGAAACAAUCCGACCCAGAACCGGCAGUCAAGGAGCGAUCGAAACAGGAUAGCAAUCGGACCACCGGUGAAGAGUCCGCUACCAAACCGAACUUUUCCAUCGGGGGGCGUGUUAGUUUGCGCGAACGGGUGGAAAACAUGAACCUCAGUCGUUUGAGGCCCUCGAAGAUGUCCUCUGCCAAUGGCAGCGGGAGUCCGGUACCUCCGGUCGCUGUCGUGAAGAAGAUUGCCGACGCACGCAAGAUACGGCCCCGUAGCCACUCGCCGCUGAAAAACAUCAAGAUAAAUCUGUCACCGGUAAAGAAAGCGACCACCGGUACACCAGCGCUCGGCGGCGACAAAUCCUCCAAGCGGGAAUCCAUCGGUCUGUUCGGUCGGAUAAACCGGAUGAUGCAUCAGCACGGGCUCGGUGGGCUUGCGUCGGGCGAUAAACCAGCGGACGCUGGCGCACGCAAACCGAACGGUAAAGCGGGAUCGCUUGCGGCAACCGGCAGUGGAGCCAAAAAUGGAGUAGCGGAUGGGUCGGCGACUUCCGCGGUCGGUAAACCGACCGUGACACGCACCGGAACCGAUAAGGCAAUCGUUAGCGGGGGCAAUCUUGGCGUCAGUUUCGGUGGGAAUGUGAGUAAACAGUCGACGAUACAGAAGCUGACGCAGCUCAGCAGUUGCAGUCGGCGGGAACAGCAGCAAGUGCAACACCCGAAGGCGGAAACAACGCAAGAACGUGACCGGAAAUCCAAACAGAUUUCCGAGUCUACUGUCGGUAACGGCUUGGUCAAAUCGAACGCUGGCAUUACAUUCGCGGACGGCAGCAAGCAUGGAUCGGACCAUCUGCGCCAUCUGAAUCGCCGCACUGCCGAAGAUGAUGAGAACGACGAGGAGGACGAUGAGGAUAGCAUUGAGGAGAGCAAAUUCUGCACCCUUCCACGCCACGGUCCGAAUGCAUUUACCAUCCGACAGGCUCGCUUUUCGAAAGGCAACGGAGCAAAAGCGCUCGGAUUUUCCAUUGUCGGCGGUAAGGAUUCGCCCAAGGGCUCGAUGGGCAUCUACGUGAAGACGAUCUAUCCGAACGGGCAGGCGGCAGAGAAGGGUACACUGCAGGCCGGUGACGAGAUCCUGUCGGUGAACGGGAAAGCAUUCCAGGGUCUCUCGCACCAGGAGGCCAUCAACGUGUUCAAGGCGAUCAAGACGGGCGAGGUGGUGAUACUGAUCGGUCGGCGCAACAAUCGCCGGAAGCUGGAAACACCGUCGCCGAUCGAUUCCGGCACCGGUACAGCACCACCGUCCACGACCGGUUCGCCCACCAACACCAUCACGGGCAGUGACGAUUGA